UUUAAAUGUGGUGUGAGCGUGAACACAGUUUGUCAGUGUGACUUUGUUCAUCAUGAAGCUCGUUCUGCUGCUCGCUCUGCUCGCAGUCGGUGAAAGUGACGGCAGCUCAGUUGUUGGUCAAACAGGUCAGAGCGUCACUCUGUCCUGUAAAUAUGACAUCAGCAAACAUGGAGCGCAGCAUGUCUGCUGGGGUCGAGGUGAAUUACCAAACUCAGGCUGCGGCGACCAGCUUGUCUCCACAGACGGACAUAAAGUGAGAACCAGAGCUUCCAGCAGGUAUCAGUUACUGGGACGACUGGAGGCAGGUGAUGUUUCUCUGACCAUACUGGACCUCACAGAGACGGAUGCUGGACGGUACGGGUGCAGGGUGGAGAUACCUGGAUGGUUCAAUGAUGACAAACAUCACUUGGAUCUGAUCGUUGAGAGAGCAGCACAGGCGACCACGUCAGCAGCGUCUCGCACAGAGACGUCUACAGAGGCGACAGAAACCUCGCACUCAGCAGGUCACAUGACCUCCACAGAGCGUCUCCUGACUCCCUCCAUCAGCAGCAGCGUCGUGGCCGAGCAGGACAGCAGCAGCAGCAGCAGAGUGACUGUGGUCCUGGUGGUCGUUCUGUUCGGGCUGCUGGCUUUGGUCACGGCGGCCGGGGCCGUCAUUAUCGGCAGAAGAUGGAAGCGACUCAACAAAAUCCCUCAGCAGCAGCAGGUCGUCAGUUCGAUCCAGUAUUAUUCGACGUCGGCCACUCUGGAGCUCCGCAGUGGAGGCUCGGCGGUGGAAAACAUCUACCAGAUAGACGGCGACGCAGGCGGCGACGCAGGCGGCGACAGAAACAAUGACAGAGGCGACGACGGAGGCGACGACGGAGGCGAGUACGAGUACUGCCCCUGAGCCCCGGAGCUGCCCCGGAGACUUGCAGGACGACAAGCCCUGGACAAUAAAACAUGAACUCAUGUCCCAUGUCCAUUUUAUGAAGCAUUCAGGGCUCCUGCUGUCGCUCAGACCGCCACCGGGACGACUUCUCAAAGGGGCAGCGCGGAGGACAUGGAAAUGUCCUGAGUCCCGUGUUUUCACUUGCUGAUGUUCAUGUGUUGAAGACGACGGUUUGAUUUCGGAGCUGGCCGUGUGCACAGCGUUGGAGGAGCUAUUCUGUGGCGCCCCAGGUCCCUGCAGAAAAAAGUCCCAUUCAUUGUUCCCAUAGAGAACGUCACAUGACCCGUAGGCGGCUCGGAUCAGCCUGGUUCAGUCCUCAGUACUAAAGAUGAAGAGCUGGUUCUUGGAUGAAAAGAAACAAGUUUGUGUACAUAAGAAACUCCCAGGGUGCACUGAGCAGAGUGGUUGAGGAAACUAAAAACACGUUCUGCAGCUUGAAUCGGUUCACUUUAAAUUCUGGCUCGACUGAGUUUCCCUCUGCUUCUCGUCACACUUGGUCUGAACCUCCCGCUGAGGCUUUUUAACGUUUUCGACUUUUGGAGCUCCGCGUUCAAGUCAGCAACAAUAAAUCUGCAACGUCCGGUCGGACUUGAUAAAAGUGCGUGUUAACUUUGAAACGCUGCAGUUUGGUCAGGUUUAGGCAGCACGAUGCUUUGCGUUAAAAUACUUUGUUAUGUACGUCAGUUUGCUGUAAUAAUAUUACUUUUCCCAGUAGUGUAACUAAUUACUUUUCUAAAACAGUAAUAUUAUUACAGUUACUAACGCUGCGUUACUGUUACAUGAAUCCACGACGGCUCCUCAGCGGCUCCGGACCUUCUGAUGUUCGUGUCAUCUGAGAGCCAAACACUAAAGGAAGAGAGGAGAACGGAAAGAGAGGCGUUCUGUCCACAGCUGGAAGCAGCUUCUGCCGUUACUGUGUCACAGUCUAAGAUGCAAAGAACAUGUCGUAAACUCUGCGCAGCAACGUGAAACUUACAGACAGAAACUCCUGCAGCUGCUGCCCCUGAUGCUGGACCUGUCGGGAGAGAGCGGCGUUACCUGAACCCUGCUCUUAUAAACAAAAGUCGGGAUUUUUUUAUUUCAGCCGGUGGCGUUAAGAAACGUUUAUGGCCUAUAUGCUCUGUAAAAAGCAGCCUCCUUGCUGCUGUUAUGAAUAUGAUGUUAGUUAAAAAGUCGGGAGAGACUUUUUUUGAGUUUUGCCACUUCAACUAGAUGUAAACAGUAACAGCUGUUCUUAUCUUUGUUCAUGUCUCAUGUAUGUUUGUUUUAACCCUUCUGCAAAUCACAUUUCCCCUGGUGGGACAAUAAAGAUUGAAUUGUAUUCUUUAAA